GCGGUUUCUUUUUUUCCUGCGACAAAGCGGUACGACGCAAUAUCGACUCGAGGGAGCCCACUACCAGACGCAAGCCAACACCAGACAGAAUGGUGCGCAACAAACCGCGACCGCGCCGAAAUGAUGGGCGCGCGCCCAGAAACGAGCCCGGAAACGGCCGCGAGCGCGAGCGGCCGUAUCGUCGUCCGUCGCCGCCGCGAAACUAUCCCCAAGAGGCCGACACCUGGCGCCCAGGCGAUCGCGGCCAGGAUCGCGGCCAGGAUCGCGGUCAUGACCGCCCGUUCUACGAUGACUACCGACCCUCCAACGACUCGUAUCGUCCGCAGGCGCCCCGCGGAGACUUCACUUUCCGCGUCGACAAGCCCGCUGGCAUCUCUGACUACCCUUCCAACGACUACCGCGGCCAGGACAGUAGACGAGGCCCGCGCAGAGACGCUCGCGGCGGUCGGAGGCCGGGAAAGCCUCGAUGGCAGCCACCGCCGCACCCGUCGGAGCGAGCGCUGAUUUCCGGCGCCACAGCAAACAUGCCCGAGGAGCGCGUUGGCGACAUUGAUGCCAGUGCCAAGUUCCGUGCCAUCGACGAGCUUUCGGACGACGACGAGCUCGAGAUGGAAAUAUCAUCUUCAUCCGAAAAGUCAGAGACCGAGGGACCUUCCAGGAAACGUGCACGAACCGCUGCCGACUCUGCUUCUGCAGAUGCUACCCCCAAGUGGUCGAACCCAGAUCCGUACACAGCGCUGCCGUGUCCCGACGAGAGCCAGCGCAAAAAAAAGGAUGUGGUCAAACUUAUCCGGAAGGCGCGACUCGAGGCUGAAUCAAAGCCAACCGCCACAACCGAGGCCGAAGAUUUUAUCUCCUUUGACCUCAGUGACGACGAAGAAGACAGCCCCGACGAAGCUCCUCCUCCGCCACCCACAGAACCGCCACCACUGCCACCUCUACCACCUCUGCCAUCUCUACCGCCGCCUCCGCCGCUUCCCACAGCACCUUCUGGACCUCGAGCGUUGGCCGCAUCACAACCUGCGCCAAAGGACCUGCCUCUACCUCCACCAGACCGGAACGGCCCCUUGGGCUCUCGCAAGCGCACCGCCAACGACGAGAUCAAACCUCCUGACUACGGACAACUGAAAAAGGUCAGCAUGAAGCCUGCCAAGGGCCUUCUGGUCCCCAGCUGGCAGCCAAAGGCCAACGAGGAGCCAUGCCCUUGGGCAACAGUGGAUCACUCUGCCACCAGUGAUAUGGCUUUCCGCCUACACAAAGAGAUCGUCGACUUUUACGAGUACGUACGACCACGUGAUUUCGAGCAGGCCAUUCGUGACAACCUGGUGGACAAUCUCAGAAAAGCAAUGAGACGCGAUGGUAGGAACUUUGCCAGUGCCCAGGUCAAACCGUUUGGCUCCUUCAUGUCCGGCCUGUACCUCCCUACUGCCGACAUGGACUUGGUCGUCUGCUCCGCGAGCUUUAUGAAAGGCGGACCCCCGACGUACCUUGGCGCAAAGAGCUGGCUGUACAAGUUCCAGAAAUUCCUCGUCGCACAACGUGUCGCCGAUUCGGAUUCCAUCGAGGUUAUCGCCCACGCUAGAAUUCCCUUGGUCAAGUUCGUUGACAAGCUUACCGGCUUGAAAGUCGACAUCUCUUUCGAGAACUUGGGAGGAGUUGGCGCCAUCGACACGUUUUUGGACUGGAAGCAUCAGUACCCGGCCAUGCCGAUUCUGGUGACGGUCAUCAAGCAUUUUCUUCUCAUGCGAGGUCUCAACGAGCCCGUCAAUGGCGGAAUCGGUGGCUUUUCUGUUAUCUGCUUGGUGGUGAGCAUGCUUCAGCUUAUGCCACAAGUCCAAAGUCGCAGCCUAAUCCCGGAGCACAAUCUUGGCGAAAUGCUUCUGGAGUUUUUUGAGUUGUAUGGCCGUCAGUUCCGCCACGAGACCAACGCCAUCUCCCUUACAAGACCUAUCGGGUAUAUUCGAAAGAAUGAUGUCGCAACUUUCACCUACAAGAACACCGACCGACUCUCCAUCAUUGACCCCAACAAUGCUGCCAACGACAUCUCAGGCGGCUCAUCAAAUACCACUGCCAUCUUGGCCCGUUUCCACGACGCCUACAACGUCCUCCGGGAUAGGAUGACUGAAGUCAGGCGAGACCCCAACAAGGGAGGGAUUCUUGAUGUGAUUCUCAAGGGCGACUACUCGUCAUUCCGCCGACAACGAGAAUACAUCAUGCAUGUCCACGAAAAGUUCAUCGGACCCUGUUCUGACUGAUGAGCCUGGUUGCGGACCCAAAACCAGAGGCCGAACACCAGAUGCUGUUGCUUAUGAUACCAUUUUGUUGGUGAUUGAUGAAGAACGUUUUGAUAUUUUAUAAGGGGAGACGCGGCCACCAGAGGGGAGAUAUCCAGGCGCGACGGUUUUCUUCUUUUGUUCGGAUUAGCAUGUGUAUAGUAACGCCGUG